ACUACAAUUAUAAUAUUACUAUUUUAUAUACGGUACGUUGUAUGGAAACUCAUACAAUCGGUAUAGAAUAUACUUGUCAUCAUCUUUAGUUCGCCGUUAGGUUACCAUAGGUUCUGGCACACUUACAACUGUUAUUCACUCCUCUCGAUUCAUACCCUUACAUCAUAUGUGUUGAAUACAUCUGCACAACGCGAUCUGUAUGUUAUGUGAUUGUUACGAUGCCACACAUAAACGCCACGUCUUUUACUUUAAAAUAUAGAACCGGUAACCUGUUACUUGAAUGGGUAUAACCGGAUAGAAGAAAGCACAAAACUCUGACAAUGAAUUAUGUCAAAAUCAUAGCUACUUUCUUAAUUUAUCACCAAAAUAUGGCCAUUUGGCCAAUAAGCCCUAUUUUUAUAGGAUCCAUUAAGCAAAAAAAUCUAUAUACAUUAUACAUAUGAAUAAUUUUUUUUAUAUAAAGCCCACUUAUUUCUUUUUUUUUAAUAACUUAACUAAGUUGAACGGGCUAAACAACAAAGCAACUUAAUGAUACAAUAAAUUAAAAAAUUUAGUCCACAGAACUAAAAACCUGAUUUACACUUAAGUAACAAAAUAUUUCUCUUUUCUCUCAUUUUUUUUUCUUAUAAAAAAACUCUCUAACUUCUUUCAUUCUCUUGUAAAAUUUAAAGCUGUCCCCCAUUUUAUAUCUUGUUUAAGGUCUCCAUAAUUUUAGGGCCGGUCCUGAUAAUUGGCACAGACUUAAGCAACGUUGCUUUCAUCGGUGGAAGUAAGUGUAAUAGAAAGAAGCUGAGAAAGUGAAGUGAAGAGGCAAAACGAAAAGGUUUUUGCAAAUAUGGAUUCUUUAUUCUGGAGGAUUGGAUCAUACAUUGAGGGUCAUCAGUUUGCAUGGAUUCUUUGGUACAUUUAGAAAACGCGAAACAAAAAUGUUUUAAAUGAUCUAGAUAAGAAUCCAAUGGUUACAUUGCAGUUGGCAGAAACAGGACAGCACUUUGGAAGGAAGCUCAAUUGGAGAUAGAGAGCAGAGGAACAAGGAAUGAGGAUGUACAUGGUACACCGCGUCAAAUUGGUAGAUGGUGCAUUACAUAUGCUUCUUAGAAAGAGAAGGACUUACUAUCAAGACAAUGUUGAUAUAGCACUUUAGAAGGCUUUGAAGGUUUGAUGGGGGCAAAACACAUCAGAGCUCACAUUCACCUCUGCACGCAAAUAUGGAAGUGUUAAUUUGGGCGAUGGAGUGUAUGAAACGGCUACGGCAGUUCCAUGUAAUGUUUGCAACAAAUUGUUUUCAAUCGGUAAAGAUGGUUUUGGAAUUAGAAAAAUGGUCUGCUUUUGUAGUAUACUUAGAAGAAUAUCAAAGAAUAGAUUUGUCGCUUUUCAAUUCAAGCACGUUCCUAGGACUUAUAACUCAUUCUCCUGCUCGUGGUGCAAGAAAUCACUAUGUUUACUUUGUCCAUAUGAACACAGAAUCCACAAUUUUGUUAGUAAAGUCCUGAUUAAGUAUGUUUAUGUUAUUGAUAAAAAAAAUUGUACAAUAAAUUGAAUCAGGUGUAAUGAAGCUAAUUUAUAUAGGAGUUUAAAAUGAAUGAAAACUUUAUGUAAAAAAAAGGUAAUUAUACACAUAAAACAUGACACAUCAAUGUUUUCAAAUAAAAUUAUUUAAAACGUAAAAUUAUUUAAAUAUUUCAGUUAGCAUUUAUUAAAUUUUAAUAAAAAAAUAUAUUUAAAUUAACCAAAAAAAAUUAAUAAUUACUAAAAUAUAUUGUUUAUAUGAUUGAAUGGUAGAUCAAGUUAUAGUUGAUAUUUUGUGACCGCAUAGUUUUACAUAAAACAUGCAAUAUAUUUAGAUCCAUAUGAAGUGAGUUAAAACAAUUAUCAUUUAAAUUAUAAAAUACUAAAAUAAACCUUGAUCAAUGUAAGAAUGGUUAAAAAUGAUAAAUUAAUAUAUUUCAUUUAUAAAAAUAUUUAGAAACCAAAACUAAUAAAAGAUACAUUAAAUAGAUGGAUUAAAGUUUUCAACAAUAGUUUUAUUUAUUUCUAUUUACUACGUAUUACAAUAAGUUAUAAAAUCAAUAAAAUGUGUAUAUUACAUUUUAGCACUCAAUCACUUUAGUUCAUACACCAAACCCAGUCAAUAUGUAUAAAACAUUUAAAAGAAAUAAUUAUUUGAUUAAAAUUUGUCAAAAUAACUAUACACUUUAAAAAUACGGUUAAAAAUAUAGUUCACAUUUUAAUCAGAAUCAUACUCUAAAAAAUCAAUAAAAGUCAAGAAAAUAAAUUCAAAUCUCUUAUUAUCAUUUAUAGAAAUAAUUUUGUAUUUGAAAAUUAACUAUUGCAUGAGUUUCAUAUGUGUUUAUGACACAAAAGUAUUUAACUUGAAUACUUGAUCAUAUUAUGUGAGUUUAUCUCUAUUUAAUAUAUUUAUACAAACAUGAAAGAUCUGAAAGUACUAUGACACAAAAGUAUUUGACUGGUAUAUUUUAUAAUAUUAUGGGUGAUUGGUUGUAGCUAUAGAUGCUAAGACAACUAAAAAUUAGUUUAGAGUCAAAAAUGUCAUCCAAUUGAACUUACUUUUUUAAAAAAGUUGUUAACAACCAAAAGGUCUAUAGAAAAUUAAAAUAUGGUGGUGGAGAACUUUAUUUCGAGAGACAAAAACAUAAAGCUACAACUACACCAAAAGUUUUACAUCAAAUAAAUGUACACCUUAAACUCUAUAGCCAAUGACAUAAAGUCACCCAUGUUAUCUCUAUUAAUAGUAAAAAUAUUUUCUCCAAGAUUUGAUUCUUUAUUUCUUGCUAAAAUCUUCUAUUCCUUUCCUUUUACAUUUAUUAUUUUGUUAUUUUCACCUAAUAUUUUCUUAUAAUAUUAUUUUUCCUUGUAAUGCUUCCUGGAAAAUUUCAUUAAAUUCCUUAUAUUUUUUACCAUACCUAGUUUUCUCCUUUAUAGAUAUAUGCAAUACACAAUUCUUCUAUGAUAGAUAGAUUUCAGUUGUAGUUGCAUGUCUCUGUUCAUUAUCAAAAUGGGUUUGAUAGUGAAAGCUCUUCUUGCUGCUUCAGUAUUGUUGUCUUUGCGUUUUUCAUUAACAGAGUCUGCCCCUGAGUCUGCUCUUGUCACCAAAAUUUCUGGUUUUAGUGGCACUUUUCCAUCUAAACACUAUGCCGGGUAUGUGGCAAUAGAUAAAGAGCGUAAUAAGAAUCUAUGGUAUUACUUUGUGGAAUCAGAGAGAAAUGCUUCAACAGAUCCAGUUGUCAUUUGGUUAAAUGGUGGUCCAGGUUGCUCUAGCAUGGAUGGAUUUAUCUACGAGCACGGUCCUUUCAAUUUUGAACGAACAAAAACAAAAGAACCUCGUUUGCAUCUCAAUCCUUAUAGUUGGUCUAAGGUUUCGAACAUCAUAUACCUUGACUCCCCAGUUGGUGUGGGGUACUCUUACUCUAGAAACAAGUCGGAUUAUAACACUAAUGAUUCAAAAACCGCGUCUGAUUCUUAUGCAUUCCUAGUCGAGUGGUUCAAGAUGUUUCCGGAGUUUCAGUCAAAUCAAUUCUUUAUCUCAGGAGAAUCAUAUGCUGGUGUCUAUGUCCCAACUCUUGCUUCCGAAGUUGUCAAAGGAAAUAAGAAUGGGACAAAGCCGGCUAUCAACUUGAAGGGAUAUUUGGUAGGUAAUGGAGUUACUGAUCCAGUGUUUGAUGGUAACGCACUUGUCCCCUUCGCACAUGGGAUGGGACUCAUCUCUAAUGAACUCUAUGAGGAUACUAAAGCAGCAUGCAAAGGAGAGUACUAUAAAGAGCCAGAUGUAAGCGUAGAAUGCGCUUACUUGCUUGGAAAAGUGUCAGAUGAUGUGACGUUAUUAAACAUAUAUAACAUUCUAGAACCGUGCUUCCACGGAACAUCGACGUCCCCGAUUGACAUGGGAUCUAUUCCUCCGAGUUUCCUUAAGUUGGGAAAAACAGAAAGGCCGUUACCAGUGAGAAAGAGAAUGUUUGGACGCUCGUGGCCCCUUGGUGCUGUUGUGCGUCCAGGCUUUGUCCCUAGUUGGCCUCAAAUCCUUGCUAACUCCCAAGUUCCUUGCGUUGAUGAUCGAGUUGCAACAGCAUGGCUGAACGAUCCUGCAGUAAGGAAGGCAGUUCAUGCUAAAGAGGAAAGCGAGAUUGGAAGAUGGCAAUUGUGCACAGACAACCUCAAUUACACUCAUGAUGCUGGAAGCAUGAUAGAAUUUCAUAGAAACCUCACUCUUAGUGGCUAUCGUGCCCUAAUUUUCAGCGGAGAUCAUGACAUGUGUGUACCAUAUACUGGCUCUGAAGCAUGGACUAAGUCAAUGGGAUACAAGGUGGUCGAUGAAUGGAGGGCAUGGAUGUCAAAUGGCAUGGUCGCUGGGUUUACACAAGGGUAUGCCAACAAUCUUACAUUUGCAACUAUUAAGGGCUCAGGACAUACCGUUCCUGAAUACAAACCUCAUGAAGCCUUCGACUUCUAUAGCCGUUUUCUAGAAGGAAAAAAUAUAUAGACUCCUCAAGUUUUAGCUUGUCAUCUUCAUUAAAAUGAUGUCUUCUUUGAGCUUAAAACAUCCUUUCUAAUAAAAUUCAAGUUUCCCAUUGAUA